AUGUCAGUCUUCCCAGGAAUUGACGAGAUCGCACCAGCUUAUAUGGACGAGGCUUUCGAUAAGAACAUCCCACAAGAGCGUAUUUACGGACAAUCUAAACCGGACCCGGAAAAUAUCAAGCACCAUGACGUAAAUGCACUAGCCACUGGUUGGCUAGCAGAGUUCAACAAUGCGCUUGCAGACGUCAAGGCAGACCCAGCAGGCCUGGACAAAUUCCUGCUGCCUCACACGAUUUGGAAAGACCAUCUGUCGCUGCAACUGGAUCUGAGGGACUUCAUCGGUCCUGAUAAGAUCAAGGACCAACUGGUGAAGUCUGUGGACAAAAUAGGUCACUUUGAGCUGGACAAACAGGCUGAUUAUCGGUAUCCAACCGGUGUUGCGCUACAGACUAUUCACCCGGAGGGCCCACACGGUGAAGCCCCAAUUGAAUGGAUCUUCUUGUACUUGAAGUACGCUACUGAUUAUGGCAUUGGCCGUGGCUCCAUCAAGCUGAUCAGCGUGAAGGAUGAAGCAGCGCCAAUUGGUCUCAAGGCCUUGUCCAUCUACACAGUUUUGGACGAGUUCACCAAGGUUCCAGAACGUGCCGGUAAAAAGAGACCUCUGGGAGCCAACCAUGGCGAGAACGUUGCCAGAAAGACCUGGCUAGAGAAGAGACAAGAAGAACAGGACUACAAAGGUGAGCAUCAGCCUCUUUGUGUGAUUGUUGGUGGAGGCCAGGGUGGUUUGACCAUUGCGGCCAGGAUGAAGGCUUUCGGCUACAACACACUUGUCGUCGAGUCCAACAACCGUAUUGGUGACAACUGGAGAAAGAGAUAUAAAUUCUUGUCCUUGCACGAUCCUUUCUACUACCAUAAGCUUCCAUACAUCCACUCUGAUAUGUCCCCGAUGUACUCGUCCAAGGACCAGUUUGCCGAGUUCCUCGAAUGCUACGCAAAGAUGCUGGAAUUGAACGUCUGGACAAACACUACUGUCACAGGUGCUGAGUUUGACGAGUCCAAGGGUGAAUGGGAAGUCACUGUGAAGAACAACUCAACCAGUGAUGUCAAGAAACUGCACCCUAAGCACGUUGUGUUCUGUACUGGCCAUUCUGGUGAGCCUAACGUUCCAAAGUUCCCUGAUGAGGACAAGUUCCAAGGUGAAAUAGUCCACUCUUCAAAGCACACCUCUGGUGCUAAUUAUGAAGGUAAAAGGGCAUUGGUCAUUGGUGCCUGUAACUCUGCACACGACAUUGCACAAGACUUCUACGAGCAAGGUAUUAAGGAGGUUACAAUGUUGCAGCGUUCUUCUACAUGUGUGAUUUCUUCCCAUUUCGGUGUCAAGAUCAACUGUCGUGAUGUGUUUGAUGAGAACGGACCUGAUAUUGACACUGCUGAUCUGUUGCUUCAUAACAACCCGAUCUACUUGACGAACUUGCUGAUGCAACAGCAAUACCGUGAGUCUUCAAAGGCAGAUGCCUCAAUGUUGGAAGGCUUGAAGAAAGCUGGAUUCCAAACAAACGCAGGAAUGGGUGGAACUGGUCUGUUUGGCCUCUAUUACCGUCGUGGAUCUGGUUAUUACAUCGAUGUUGGCUGCUCCAAGUUGAUCAUCGAUGGUAAGGUCAAGGUGAAGCACAGCACCGUGAAAAGAUUCACAGAGACCGGCGUCGAGUUGAAUGACGGUUCUGUCAUUGACAACUUGGACAUUGUCGUUAAAGCCACGGGCUAUUCCAACAUGAAGGACACUGCACGUGAUGUGUUUGGUCAUAAAGUGUCUGAUAAGCUGAACCCGGUCUGGAACCUGGAUGAAGAAGGUGAAUUCCGUUCUAUUUGGAGACCUUCUGGACAUCCAAACUUCUGGUUUAUGGGUGGUAACCUGGCAAUGGCAAGAUAUUACUCCAAGAGAUUGGCAUUGCAAAUCAUCGGCCAAGAAGAAGGCUUCUGA